AUGCCUUCUCCUCAACCACGUAAAAAAUCAAGAUCUGACACAAGUGGAGGUGUGGAGAGAAGAUCCACUGAGCAAAAUCCGCCUCAUCAUGCCCAAACUGAAGGCACAAACUUUGAGAAGUCUAAGUUUGCAUCUGUAAAGAAAGAAUCGGAUGGAUUUCCUUUCCGUGGCACUCAAUAUGGGCAACCACCAUGCCAGAACACUAGACUGAAAUCACCAGUGGCUUGUCCUCAAUCACGUAACAAAUUGAAAACUAGCACAAGAUCAGGUGAUCGGUCUCAAGGGACAAACUUUGGUAAAUCUAAAAUGGCAGCUGUCAAGAAAGAAUUGGAUGAGGAUGUGGAUGGUACCUCCCCCAACACAAAUGGAGCUCUGAAAGAAGCUGAUAAAUUUGCCUCAGAAAAUCCCUUUUUCACAGUCAAAGUGAGGCCGGGAAUUCAAUCUAGACCGUCGUAAGAGAGUACUUCGAUAACAAGACACAGAUUGUGAAGUUACGGUGUGGAAAGAAAGUGUGGCCUAUCAAGUUCCUAUGUUAUCCACACAACUCUGC